CCUACGUCUCAUGGCGAUCAGUCCUUUUCCCCUUGCUGUGGCCGACCAGACCAGACAAGGUCCCCCUGUUCCUCCUCCUCCUCCUCGCCACGCCGCCACCAUCACCAGCACCCUGUUCCUUCCCCUCCCAACCGCCAUUCUUGAUCAAUUGCCUGCGGUCCGUCCGCUCCCAUCGAAUCUGAUUCUCGUCUACUGCUCAGAUCUCGUUUGCACGGCUUGAAUCCACCUCCCCAACGGUAGCUUCCGCCGCUGCCACGAUGACCUCGGCGCGUCGCACUUUGCUCGUCACCAACCACGAUCGGCCCUUGAAGGGCCAGUCGUUGCUCGGCAGCCCUGCGAACGCUUCUCCCCCUUUCCUCCACGGACUCCGCUGCCUCCUCGGCGGCGUUCACCCGCGCAAGAACCCCUGGAGGCGUUCCGUCCUCGGCGUCAUCCUCUUCUCCUUCAUCGUUGGUUUCUUCUGGGGCCUCUUAUCCUUCGUCGACCUCGACGACUCCUCCGAUAUCUCGCCGCCCCACGUCUUCUUCUUCGACCCCAUCCGCGCCCCUCCCCCCGCGGAAGAGCAGGAGCGGCUCCCCGAUCCUUUCGACAAGCUCUUGAUCAUAGUGACCCCGACGUACAACAGGGCCUUCCAGGGCUAUCACCUGAGCCGCCUCGCCCACACGCUCAAGCUCGUGCCCCCGCCCCUACUCUGGAUUGUGGUCGAGACGAAGACGGCCACCGCCGAGACCGCCGACAUUCUCAGGAGAUCCGGCGUCAUGUACAGGCACCUCGUAUGCCGCAAGAACACCAGCGUCAACCUCCACAGAGACGUCCGCCAGCGGCACACCGCCCUCAAGCACAUCAGGCUCCAUCGUCUGGACGGAAUCGUCUACAUGGCAGAUGACGACAACAUCUACUCGCUGGAUCUCUUCGACCGCCUGAGACAGAUCAGGAGAUUUGCCACUUGGCCUGUGGCGAUGCUUGCUCAAAGCAAAAAUAAGGUUAUUCUACAAGGCCCAGUAUGCAAUGGAAGAAAAGUGAUUGGAUGGCACACGAACAGGAAAGGCAACAAUCAUAGGAGAUUUCAUGUUGAUAUCUCAGGCUUUGCUUUCAACAGCAGCGUCCUUUGGAAUCCGAGGAGAUGGAUGUAUCCAAAAGACAUCAUUAGGCUACUGGACACUGUAACAGAAAGGUUUGAAGAUACAGGAUUUAUCGAACAGAUAGUCGAGGACGAAGGCCAACUAGAAGGCUUACCUAAUGAUUGCUCAAGGAUUAUGAAUUGGCGUCUGCAAUUGGAAUCUAGAAGUCUUGUUUAUCCUAGAGGGUGGCAGAUUUCAAAGAAUCUCAAUACUGUUGUUCCUUUAAAUUAGGAAUUCUAGCUUGUCCAAGCUUUGUGGUCUUUAAUGAUGGUCUUCUUCGUAGCAAAGCAUCUAUGCUCAGUAAUGGUUCUUUCCCUCCCCCACCCCCAUCAAGAGCACAUUUAAUAUGUAUUCAUUAUUCUUUUAGUCAAUUUAUGUACAAACACAUUAUAGAAGAGUGAUUGUGUUUUUUAAGAAAUUGUUUCA